UUAGUUGCGUCAACUGCUGGACUUCCGGUCUGGUGCUCUGCCGACAGAACUCGUGAUAGUUUACAUUUACCAUCAGCUCAGAGAGGAGAAGAACCAUCAACUGUGAUUACUUGCAGGACCAGGCGAUCCCACCAUGAACCCGACUAUGAGUUUUCAUUGGAAACGUUUCAAUUAAACCUGCUGUGAGGUCGAGGCGUCAUCAUGUGGAGAGUUCAUGGUUUUGUUGGAAGAGUUUUGUAUCGUUGCCAUGGCAGUGUUCCGCUGCGACUGUCCCAAAACCACCAUGUGGAGGAUGAGGUCAUCAACAGCUCGACUGUCCUCUCCACCUCUCGGCACUCCUCUGACAGCAGCUCUCAGAGAGAGGAGGAUGGAGAGAGGAGGAAGAAACAGAGAUCCUUUCAGUUCGACUACACUGGACUUCCACGUUACACUGCUCUUGAUGCUGUGGGAUUGGGAGCUGCAACAGUUCUGUUCAUGCAGAUCUGCAAGAGGAUUCACUCCCGGUUUUCUUCAGGCUCUGAGCUGAGUCCCUCUCCCGGAGCACUGACGACACCCUCCACCCUGCACAAGUGUGGCUAUCACAUAUUGCUAGAGACUUUGUCCAGACGCGAUGUCCUUCCCAGAGGCAGGAGUGUGGCAUGUCUUCCAGGGAGACAGACUGGAGAUCAGUCUGCAGUUCAGAACACCAGCAGCAACAGCAGUGACACCAGUCUGCACAGCAGCAGCAGUGAGCAGGACCAUGUUGCUGCUGGCUGCUCAGUCUCUGGCCAGCAGAGGGCACUCUUAAACAAGGAUUCUUUACGUGAGGAAUCCCUUCUGUCUGCAUCCUGUCCUCUGCAGAAUGAUGCUAACAGAGACAACAUAGGGAUACAAGAUGCAAAUGACAAGGAAGUGUUGUCUGAUGAGGAGAGGCUGGCAGGAGCAGCACUGAACCUCAAACACGUGGGGGACACCAGCAUUCCUGUUGUCCUCAACAUCAUUGGUCUGGAAAGUGCCAAAAGUGAGAACUAUGAAGAAGCUUUUAUAUGUUUUGUAGCUGCAGCUCGGGAAGGAUACAGCAAGGCCCAGUUUAAUGUGGGUGUGUGUUAUGAGAAAGGCAGAGGAGUCACCAGAGACAAAGAGAAGGCUUUGCAAUACUACCAGCAGGCAGCAGCUGGGGGUCACAGACAGGCUCAGUAUCGCUACGCAAAACUGCUACUGACCACCAGGGGGCACCAGAGUUUAGAGGAGCUGAAUAGGGCCAUAGACUUACUGGAACAGGCCGCCUCAGCUGGAAUCACCAAGGCUCAGGUCUGCUUGGCCUCGGUUUACUCUCAGAAGGCUGUGAGAGACGGGAGCAAGUCUGUGCAGUACCUGAGGAUGGCAGCAGAGAGCAGAGACAACAGGGCCCUGCUGUUCCUUGGUCAGUGUUUUGAGAGCGGCUUUGGGGUGCAGCAGAAUCUGGGUACUGCGAUGGAAUACUACAGACGAGCGGCUCGAGCAGGCAACAAGCAUGCUAAGAGCUUACUGAGGCCUGCUGGGGACACAGACAGUAAGGGAGAAGAUGCAGUGUUGCGUUCGAUCCGUUCAGCGCCGUGUUUCUCUGUAGCUGAAUGUCGACUUCAGCAGCCUGUCUCCACUCAGGCAAGUCAAAAUCCCCUCUCCGUCCAUCAACCAGUCACCUUUCCGGUCCUGCCUCACUCCUGGAGCACUGGGAGCCUGUGUGUCCCUUCAGCGCUCUCCACUAUGCCUCUUCACCUACACCCUCACAGCAGUGAGGGAGGAGUCUGCCAGUGGACUGUUGGGAUUGGAUAAUUCUCUGGGUAACCAGCACGGGUCAAACUGAGGAAUGUAUCUUCAACAGUGUGAAUGUAAAGUUGCAGAAAGGUCAAAGAUGUGUACAUUAUGUGAAGUCUGGGUGAGAGCGAGUUGAUUUUAUACUGUUUAUAAGAGAAAAUGGGGUUAUGUUGGAGUUUUUGUAUAAGUCUGAAAGAGUGGUUGGAUACAAGAUUGUAAUAUAAUUUAUGGUGUGUGGUUCUGAAGCUUUUAUAUUGGUUUUCUACAUAAUAGUGCAUUAUAAAAAUGUUUUCCUCCUGUGAGUAAAAAUGUGAUAGAGGUGCCUCAAAUCUCAAGCGCUGCUCUCUCUCUCUCUCUCUCUCUCUCUCUCUCUCUCUCUCUCUCUCUCUCUCUCUCUCUCUCUCUCUCUCUCUCUCUCUCUUUCUCUCUCUCACAUGAGGGAAUACUUGUACCCCACUGUAAACUAUAUAUAAGUCUUUAACUCAAAAAUGGCUCUGCAUCAGAUGUCAUAAUUAACCUUUAAUCAUACACUUUCUGAGUGGAUCGUACAGUUCAGUGCCAUCAGUUUGUUAAUUAGGCUGUAGCUACCAAUGUGAAUUAUGAUGCAUUAUUUGGAAUUUGUUUGAUUGUUAAAAUGAAAUGUUUGUUAAAGAAAUAAAAAAGAUUAAUGUUUAAAA